UACUACUUUUGAGCUUUGAAGGAAAGUGCUUUUGAGGUUUGAGAGCACCAGAACGCACUACCCCAGGUGAGCCCCACGGAUUCUAAGGCAAAUAUACGGCUUUUGAGGGUGAAAAUCUUGGUUUAGAUUUCAGACGAUCAGAGAGUGCUCUAAAUUGCGCUGCAGAUAAAAAUUAAAUCUCGAUAGUCUUCUAUCGGAAUCAUGCUGCACUGCUUUUGCUUCAAGAGUUCGAGAGUUGAUAGACUUGGAUAUGAGGACCCUAAAAUUCUUGCUUCAGAAACUGCUUUUACGGUAAAUGAAGUGGAGGCCUUGUAUGAACUGUUUAAGAAACUAUGCAGUUCCAUAAUUAAAGAUGGUCUUCUACACAAGGAAGAAUUCCAACUUGCACUAUUUCAAAGCAGCAGUAAGCAGAACCUUUUUGCAGAUCGGGUUUUUGACUUGUUUGAUCUCAAGCGCAAUGGGGUCAUUGAGUUUGGAGAAUUUGUUCGGUCAUUAAGCAUUUUUCAUCCACGUUCUUCCGAAGCAGACAAAAUCUCAUUCGCAUUUAGAUUGUAUGAUCUCGGACAGACUGGUUACAUUGAGCGUUAUGAGUUGAAGCAGAUGGUGUCAGCCCUUUUGAAUGAAUCAGAUCUGGACCUUUCCGAUGAUGUUAUUGAAUCAAUUGUCGAGAAGACAAUAACGGAGGCGGAUUUAAACGGAGAUGGCAGAAUUGAUCAAGAAGAGUGGAAGGAAUUUGUAGCAAAGCAUCCAUCUCUGAUAAAGAAUAUGACUCUUCCAUAUCUAACGGACAUUACCGUACAAUUUCCCAGCUUCGUGCUCAACACCGAAGUUCAAGACUAGACAUAAUCAUACUUCAGAAACCCAGACACUGUCGCUGUUAUUUCUUCUCGAAUGCUAGACAUGUCAAGUAACCAGCCUGUGUAAAGCCAUGGUACAUAGAGGAGGAUAAGAACCAAAAGCAACUAUUAAGGCUGCAGUUCAUAGCAUGAUCCUUAUUAAGAUCAAGCACGGCAUGGUAGAUUUCCGACUAGGUUUUCGGUAAUGAAGACCUCAUUCGGCAAAUACUCUUGGUGUUUCACAGUGUGUUGUGUAAUUUAACUGCUUAACUGUAAUCAAGGUGUAAAUUUUGGUUUAGAAUUCCCUCUUUAUUUUACUUGGAUCGGAUGGAUCCCUGUUUCACACUCUGGUUGAAAGUUAAAUGUUUGUUAAUUUCUUUGCUAAGAAGAACUGAAUGUAUAGAUUAACUGGCACUGAGGAGGGACACACAACAUUGAACUUUUUUGUUGAAGCACUUUUUUUCUGGUCAGGUGGAAAGUGGAAACAUUGUUGAAAA